AUGUUGGUGCAUUCGACGGCUUCGGCGUCUUCUUACUUAUUUUGGUCAACAGAAGUCGCAACAACUCAAUGUAAAGUUAUUGUGUCACAAGUUACACAUAAGACACAGAAAGGCACCUUCUUCAUCGACAAAGCAGAAUUUGCAUCUGAUGCGCGAUGUCAAAGUCAGCCAGAUCUCUGUCCCCGAAAUCCUCAAGUUCCAGUGUCCAAAGAAAGAGACCGCUCGCCCAUCGGAGAGAACAAUGGAGGAACGAGAGAGACAGCGAAAGCGCAAGGAGAAUAUAACAAGAGCGAAAAAGUGGGAAAGCAUGGCAGAGACCGACCCAUCUCAGAUGCAGUCGGUUAUGUUGGAGAAAAGAGGCUCGGCCGAGAGCCUCCAAACCCGUUUACCCGCGGGGCUUUUUGUCUCGACAUAUUGUUGUUGUGA